UUGUUUCUCUGAAAUUGAAUUUGUGGGGUUUCUUUCAAUCAGACUCGUGAUCCAAUUCCACAAUUUGUCCCUUCAGUUUUGGUUAAUUUUUCAUUGGGUUUCUUUUUCUGCUUGUGAAUGGAUUGAAAGUUGGUUGCUUUUAUUCCCAGAUAUAGAAGUUGUGCUAUUGGAGGCAAUAAAUCUUGUGUUUUCAGCUUCUAAAUCAGUUCUCUGACCGAAUGAUGGGACCCCACUUGCAUCGUCAUCACCGUCACCAUCAUCAUCAUAUCAUUUUAGUCAUUUAAUUUCCUCGUUUUGCUAAUGAAUGCUUGGAACCAUUUUUAGAAUUUUAAGUAGGAAGGGUUCAUUUUAUUGAAGAUUUGGAGUGUCGUGGCUUUGAAACAAUUACAUGGGCAAUUGUAUGCAUAAGGGUUAUCAUAGUGAUGAUGAUUCUGAUCAUCAUGUGGAUUUUGUUUCUGGGAAUGUGCAACUUAUUACUACCAAAGAAUCUUGGGACCAACAUUUGGAACAAGCAAAUAGGGAUAGUAAAAUUGUUGUUGCAAAUUUCAGUGCAACAUGGUGUGGUCCUUGUAAGAUGAUUGCUCCAUAUUUCUGCAACUUGUCCGAGAAGCACUCCUCUAUCAUGUUCUUAUUAGUGGACGUGGAUGAAAUGACUGACUUCAGCACUUCCUUGGACAUCAAAGCCACACCCACUUUCUUCUUUCUUAAAAAUGGAAAAGAGUUUGACAAACUUGUAGGAGCCAACAAGCCAGAGCUGGAGAAGAGGAUUGCUGCGAUUACUGGUGGAGUUCCUCAUCAUCUACAGUGAUUGUUGUUUCAUGUCAAUUUGUAGAACCUGUGCUCUUCCCUUCUCUCUUCAGAACAUGUUUUCAUGUGACAUUGUCAUUGUAUUUUUCUUCAAUGUAAAUAUAUGUGUGCUUUAUGCUUUACAGAAUAUUGA